AUCUAUGGUGUGCUCUAUGAAUAAAAUGUCACUAAAUUGUCAAAAUUUAUAGCAAGAUCGUGAAAUGAAAUCCGCUUGGGUUUGUUCUACAUUUUAAUAAAAUGAGUGCAAUUUCGCUUUAAAUAAUGUAUUAUGUUAUGUGGCAGUGGGCAUUCGUCAUUCCUUUGGAUCGGCAUGCUAUAUAAGUGUGUUUUGGUGUGUGGCAUCAUUUUAUAGAAUGUUAAUAAGGUGUAUUUGACAUUAUUUGCUACUAUUUCACAAUGGGUAACCAGAAUAGUUGCUGUUGUUACCGAAGCCCAUCACCCAUAAGAAAAGACAUCGUCAAGCUAGAAGACUACCUUCCUGAAGGUGAAGUCAGCUCUAAUAACAUACAACACAUCAGUGAAAGGGAGCCAGAUGAUGGAGACAUUGAUCCCUCGCAAGAUCCUAUUGCAGGCACUAUCUUCAUGGAAAGAUCUAAAGCAUCCAUAGAGAAUGGAAUUACCAGGAAGCGUAGCCAACAUCAAAUAGCAGAGAAUAAGCUUAAGAAAAGCAGUUCUUGCUCCACAAUCUAUUUAGAUGAUAGCACUGUCUCACAACCUAAUCUGAAAAAUACGGUGAAGUGUGUGGCUUUAGCAAUCUACUAUCAUAUAAAAAAUAGAACAUCAGAGAGGAGGCUAGAUAUAUUUGAUGAAAGAUUACACCCCUUGAGCAAAGAUGGAGUUAGUGAUGACUAUGAUAAGUAUAACCCUGAGCAUAAACAGAUUUAUAAAUUUGUACGAACUUUGUUUAAUGCUGCUCAGUUAACAGCGGAGUGUGCUAUCAUAACUUUGGUUUACCUAGAGAGAUUAUUAAUUUGUGCAGAACUUGAUAUAGCUCCCUCCAACUGGAAAAGAAUAGUCUUGGGAGCAAUCUUGCUGGCUAGCAAAGUGUGGGAUGACCAAGCUGUCUGGAAUGUAGACUAUUGCCAAAUUCUAAAGGAUAUCACAGUGGAGGAUAUGAAUGAAUUAGAGAGACAGUUCCUAGAAAUGUUGCAGUUUAACAUAAAUGUCCCAUCCAGUGUGUAUGCCAAGUAUUACUUUGAUCUACGUACUCUUGCUGAAGCUAAUGACCUAGCAUUCCCCAGCGAGCCACUAAGCAAGGAGAGGGCACAAAAGUUAGAAGCUAUGUCAAGGGUAAUGGAAGAUAAAAUAAAUGCUGAGAUAGUUAAGAAUGGCUUCAAAAAAUGGUCAAGUUUGGAUAAUGUCAACUCUGGUGCUGGUGUGCGGAGGAGCGUAGCCAUAUUGUCAUAACUGAUUAGUCAUGAGCCAAACUUUUUAUCCUAUUUUAAAACACAAAUUACUUUAUAGGGUACAUUUGUGUAUUUGAUAUAACAAUUUAUUUGAAAAUUGCACCAGAUAAGAUUUAAUUUCAGAUAUAUGCUUUAUUUAUGGGAAAGGUUAAGUUUUAGCCAGUUAUGCUUUGUAAUCUCUAGUGAAUCCCAUUGAGUCUUAUGAAAUGACAAUUUUUAGUAUUCAGGAUAUAAGUGAUUCAAAAUGAUUUAUUUAUGUCUUUGUUUAACUCAGAAAUGCUAAAAAUUGGCAAUUAAGACAUGUAAUAAUUAUUUUAAAUAGUCAGUCUUAAUACUAAUUGUAGUCACUAAAAAUGAAAGACUUGUAUGUGGUCCAAAUUGUUUUUGAAGUAGCUGAUUCCAGCUGAUUUGCUAUCUACUACUUGAAAUAUUCCUUUUUAUUGCUUCCAUUUUAAUUUAUCUAUUUACUUAGUUUAACACAUUAGAAGCAUUAAUAUAGGUUGCUUCCAAACUUUUGAGCUACUUAGUCUAUAACUAGAUGUAUAAAUGUGAAACUGAUAUUUUGACUGAUAUAAGGAUCUUGUAAUUGUGGUAUGAAUGUUAAAUGUAGUCAGCAGGUCAUUUAUAUAAUUUUACAUAUAAAUGCAUUUAGAAUUCUGAGAUAGAUAUAAAAUUAUGCCAAAUUGUUAUUUUAUGUAACAAAUUAUAUUGACAGACUAGUUCACUCAGUUCAUGGGUAUAUUAUAUUAUUUGUAAUUAUUUUAGUCUUGAACAAUGUAAAUUAAUUUGAAUAUUUCAUUAUUUAGAUUUCCACUAUCUAUUCAAUCAAUACUUUAUGUAUCUUAAUGUAAUUAAGCAAAAACAAAUAAACAUUUUAUAUGAGACUUA